CGGCCCCGCAGCAGCCCGGCCAUGGCGCCCGGCCGUGCGGGCGGUAAGGCGGCCGUGGUGCUGCAGUGCGAGUGGCAGCAGUGCUCCUUCGUGGCCUCGGGCAUGGAGGAGUUCUGCGCGCAUGUGGCGCAGCACCUGCAGCAGCACCUGCCCGGCUCCGGCGGGCCCAGCGCCGACAUGGACCCGCUGGAGGAGUACACGUGCCUGUGGCAGCACUGUGGUUUCUGCUCCCCGGCGAGCUCGGCCGAGCUGGUGCGCCACGUUUACUUCCACUGCUACCACACCAAGCUGAAGCAGUGGGGGCUGCGGGCCCUGCAGGGCCAGGCCGAGCUCAGCCGCUGCCAGCUGGACUUCCAGAGCCACAACAUCAUCCCCGAGAUCCAGGAGGGCUUCCUGUGCCUCUGGGAGUACUGCGAGAGGUCGUUUGACAACCCCGAGUGGUUCUACCGGCACGUGGAGGAUCACAGCUUCUGCUCCGAGUACAAGGCAGCUGGGAAGGAGAACCACGUGCUGCUCUGUGGCUGGAAAGACUGCAACUGCAGCUUCAAGGGCCGCUGCAAGCUGCGGGAGCACCUGCGCAGCCACACGCAGGAGAAGGUGGUGGCCUGUCCCACCUGCGGGGGGAUGUUUGCCAACAACACCAAGUUCUUCGACCACAUCCGCCGCCAGACCGCCCUGGAGCAGCAGAGGUUUCAGUGCUCCCACUGCUCCAAGAGGUUCGCCACCGAGAGGCUGCUCCGCGACCACAUGAGGAACCACGUGAACCACUACAAGUGCCCCCUGUGUGACAUGACCUGCCCGCUGCCCUCCUCGCUGCGCAACCACAUCCGCUUCCGCCACAGCGAGGAGCGCCCCUUCAAGUGUGACUACUGUGACUACAGCUGCAAGAACCUCAUUGACCUGCGGAAGCACCUGGACACGCACAGCAAGGAGCCGGCGUAUCGCUGCGAGUUCGAGGCCUGCAGCUUCUCUGCUCGCUCCCUCUGCUCCAUCAAACUGCACUACAGGAAGGUCCACGAGGGUGACUCCGAGCCCAGGUACAAGUGCCACGUGUGUGACAAGUGCUUCACACGGGGGAACAACCUCACUGUGCACCUCAGGAAGAAGCACCAGUUCAAAUGGCCCUCAGGACAUCCUCGCUUCAGGUACAGGGAGCACGAGGACGGCUACAUGAGGCUGCAGCUGGUGCGCUACGAGAGCGUGGAGCUCACAGAGCAGCUGCUCAAGGACAGGGAGAAGCGUGGGGAGGCCUUGGAUGGCUCCAGCGAGUGCCUCGUGCUGCCUGAGGGCGAGGGCAGCCUGCAGGGCAUCCUUCUGGAGCCUCCAGCAAACCCUGCCCCGGCAGAGAACACAUCAGAGCUGCCUGUGCCCCCAGCCCUGUGCUCCGCUCCCAGCCCUGAGCCAGCACGGCCCAGCCCCUUCCCAGGAGCUGCCUCCUCAUCCUCCUCCUCCUCAGAGCAAGGAGCCAGCAGCAGCAGCAGCCCCAUCAUCCGUGUGGUGAGCAGGACCAACGAGCAGGGCCAGAGUGAGACUGUGUAUUACGUGCUGGCCAGCACAGCCUCGGAGCAGCAGGGCACAGCAGCCCUGGAGCUGGAGGAGAACGUCAUGGACAGGCUGCAGAAAACAGCUGAGGAGCUGGGCAUCCACAUCCUGUGAGGGGCUGCAGGGCACCCAGAUCCUGUGAGGGGCUGCUGGGCAUCAUCCAGAUCCUGUGAGGGGCUGCAGGGUGUCAUCCACAUCCUGUGAGGGGCUGCU